AUGAUUCUGCGGGACAGCGAGGAAGUGGAAACUGAAAGUGAGAGUGAUUAUGCAGACAUACCAGAAUUGGAGGAUGUUGAUGAAGAAAAUACAACGGAGUAUGCAGUUAACAGUAAGUUGUUGGUUACGAGGCGAGCUCUUAGUGCUCAAAUCAAGGCGGAUGACUUGGAACGGCAGCAAGAAAACAUAUUCCACACGCAAUAUCACGUCAAUGGCAAGCUUUGUGAAAGAUGGAGGUCUAUCAAUCUUGCGCCAUUAACACCGGCACAAGUAUAUGAUGACCAAAUUCAAUUGAAAAAUAAAGAAGCGAGAGUGAGAGAGUUAGGGAAAAGGAGAGAAAUAAGUAAGGAAUCACUCCUCAACUUUAGGGAGCAUAACACAUCCCUCCCUAAUUUAGCUAUUUCUUUGUUGCAAGAAUUUGAAGACGUGUUUCCGGAGGAUGUGCCUAGUGGGCUACCACCCAUUAAAGGAAUUGAGCACCAAAUUGAUUUCAUACCUGGCGUUGUCAUUCUGAAUCGACCGACUUAUCGAAGUAAUCCAGAGGAGUCAAAGGAGCUUCAGAGGCAAGUUGAGGAAUUGAUGAGCAAAGGAUAUAAAGAUGGAACUUGGAGAAUGUGCGUAGAUUGUAGAGCCAUCAACAACAUUACG